AUGUUCCAGUGGAUAAAACGUUCAUCCUCGAAGAAAAUUCGUCAACACCUCCCCAAACACCAUCGAAUCUCCUUCAUCAUCAAAAAAGGAGUAUCAACUGUAUCUUUUUCUUCGACGACCGCCCUUGAAACUUCGCUGAAUUAUGAUUUCAAGGAAUCUUUCGCCAAGAAAUCCUUCCAAAUCUCCAAGAAGACAAAACAAAUCUCCAGAAGACUGAUUUCAAAGUUUCAAAGGAAGACGAAAGACGUUUCCGUAAACAAAAAGAAGAAUCAAUCGAUGGAUAAUUUAAUAAACGAUUCUAUGGACAAGAUCGAGGAUAGCUUCGUCAACGAGGAAGAAACAAAGUUCAUCGUUGAUGGAAACUUGAACGAGAAAGUUUCCAUCGUAAAAGAGAAGGAAGUAUCGUUAAAGAAGAAGUCAUCGGAUAAUUGCGACAAGAAGAAACAGCAAAUUUCCCAUUCAAACUGGGAAGUCAUUGUUAACGAAGAAAAUCCUUUGACUACCCCUUCGGCGCUGAUCAAAAUUGAAGAUCGCACAGAAGUUUCAUCAGAAGUGAAAAGUAACAGAGUGAUUGUACGAAGAAAACCGACGUUAAUUUCAUUCGAGGAUUCGGGAAACUCCUCGGCGGAAAUUUCACCGUGUGCGGACGAUAAAUCGUUUUUCUCUGAUUCUGCUAUCUGCGUGACCGGAAAUUAUUCUUCUACCGACGAAACAGAUGUAGCAGACAAAUUAAGAGAUUUAAAAUUCGAUUGCUCUUUCGACUGCGUGAAAAGCUGCGACAAAUAUACGUGUAACUGCGAAGAGGGAAAGUGUUUCGGUGAAGUUCCGGGGAAAAUUUUUUCCAGAAGCGUUUUGAAUAAUCCUGAGAAUCGCGUUUCAAGUUACAUGAAAUUUCCAUUAAAAUCUGCCGAACGUUUGGCAGGCGAGGUGACCGACGGUUCUGGAAAAUGUAAUUCGAACGAGUUCGAGCAGGUGAAAAAUUUCAUCCAGGGAAACGAGUGGCCGAGACUGAUCGAAGAAAAUUGCUGGAGGAGAAAUAGAUUCGGGGUAUCGAAAUCGAGCGACGAUUUACAUAACGAGGAUCUUACGUGUUCUUUCAACGAUGUUGCAGAGUUCAGUAGUUUGAAUGAUUUUCCUUGUACAGGGUUGAGGGUGGAUGUUGAUGAGAAUCGCGAUGAAAAUGAUGAAAGUAACGAGGACACCGAAGUGCAGGAAGUUUCUCUUCAGUUUGAUUACGAGUAUGACGAGGAGAGUAGUUCUGUAGAUAGUUAUAACGUCUCGUAUGUCAUUAGCAUGUAUGUUUAGCGUGUGUUUCUGAUGCAAUUGUAAAAUUAUGUAAAUGUAUUUUAAUAUUAAGUAUGACGAUUAGGAAAUGAGAACGAAAUGUAAUGAGAAUUUCUGAAGAAUGUAUAGUUAAUUGUAUAAUAGUAUAUUAAGUAGCUCGAAGAUAAUGUAAAUUAAUUUUAGAAAAAGACCUACAUUUUAAGUAAAAUUGAUGUGUUCGUAA